AUGAGCCCUCGACAAUGGCGGUGGCUGCACCAGCCUCAGAAAAGCUCAGCAGUGGCCUCUCCUGUUCAAGCCGAGCUUUUGCCUGCUAUCGAAACAUCAUUUGAUAAGUAUGAUAGCUUUUCAGCUUCGUCCGAAGCUGUAGCAGACAAAAACCUCACAGAGAUUCCGGAGUCAUCGAAAGCAAAGUCCUCGCCCUCGCAAAAUCGUAAGAAUAGUUGUACGGAGCCUUCCGUUCUCGUCGGCUCCAGAAACGAUACAUCAAGCAUUUCUUCUAACGGCGCAGUCUACGUCAAUUUACGCAAUAAGGCACGUGGCAACGAAAAGCGCAAACGCAAACGCAAGUCAACAAUAUAUCCCAACAGGCCUCUCGUUCGGAAGAUUCUCAAUCUCUUAAGAAUCAACAAAGCAAACGUCGUUCGUCUCAAGUUCGAGGUACUCAAGGCAUUCAUGACGAAGAACGACAACCCAGAGGAUCAGGCAGACGACCUGCAAGACGUAACAUCAGAUUCAGAUGCCGAGACGACCACUGACAACCAGAACAGUCGCAAGGAUUGGGAUACCAUCCGCUCGAUCUCAGAUGAUCAGUUUCGUCGACUUGUUUUGAAAUGCUUCAAGGAGCCAAACGAAGACCCGAUACCGGUGGACCUUUGUCAAGUUUUCGAGCGAAGAGAGGGUGGCUUUCAUCUUGUUGCGAUCAUGUACAUUUAUCGACACGAAAUGGUCCAGAAGUGGCUCAUUCGAGUCCCUGCGCAUGGCACGACAGGGCUAUGGACGAAGGAAGACGAGUACAUGAUGGGCCGCGAAGUCGAGAUUGUACGACAUAUCCGUCAUAAUACUACGGUACCUGUACCGAAUAUCAAGGCAUUCUACACAGGGCUCGACGAUGAGUUCGGUGCGCCUUGGGUGCUGAUGGAGAUGCUCCCGGGUAGAGAUGCAUACGAUAUAUGGUUUGACGCACCAUACGACUCCGACACAGCCUACCUCCGUGCGGACACCCCAUCUUCCGAAACUCAUCGCCGACGCGUGAACUUCCUCAAAUCCCUGGCCGCCCACAUGGCGAAACUCCAGUGCCUGCAGUUUGAUCGUAUCGGGAUGGCAAAGAUGACUAGUGUCUACGACGUCCACGAUCUCACUGAAAGUGGGCAAUUAAAAGCAGUGAUAGGACCUUCUUACCACUGGCCGUGUCCAUCAGAUACCUCGAAAGUUAUAGAGCGUGGACCAUUCACGACCAUUCAAGACUACGUAAAACUGGGAUAUGACAAUUAUUUCGACAAUGAGAGGCUGAUCGAAAAGUACCCCGGGAGAACUCAUGAGUUCUGGGACAUGAUCGUUGGAAUCCGCAAAAUUCUGGACAUAGUUUUCAGCACCCCAGUCUUCAAUACUUAUGCCACCUCCGAGACAUACGCCAUCCGCCACAACGACCUAGACUUGCAAAACAUACUGACAGAUGAAGAUGGAAAUGUCACUGGCAUCAUCGACUGGGAUGGCGCUGUCGUAGGGCCUCGCUGCAUUGGUCCUGCGGCUGCACCGCGGUUCCUCAUGCGCGAUUGGUCUUGGGACAAACACGGUAAGAAGCUCGAGAUUUCGCCUCAUAUGGCUUGGAACACGGAGUACUACCGCGACAUCUAUGCUGCAGCCAUGCAUGUAGCCGAGCGUAAGACCGGAUUAUCAAGCGAUGCUAAGUACACCUCUAACUCUGCUCUCUACCAUGCCGCCUGCAGUUCACUUUAUGUAGGAGGCGCACACUGCUGGGAUCUUACAGAUAGGAUUAUCAGGAGCAUUCCCGGAGUUAAUAUGAAGCCGGAGGACUUCAAGAUUCUCUUGGGCAGGGGAUAUCCAGCGGCGGAAGAGAUGCUGAAGCGGGAGGUAGCAAAGCUAUUUGAGCCAGAAUUACCGAGCAAAGCUAUUUUUCGUCAGCUUGAUAUCGUUCUGGAACAUGAGAAGCAGGAUAGUAAAGCCAGCCACUCUGGACAGGGUAACAGUGCCUCAGCUGCUGGCCAAGAAGAGUGCGGCUGUCGACCUCAGCAGGACACUUCGCUGGGGACGAACGCCCCUGUAACCAAGAACACACCUCUGCAAAGGAAUGGCAAAGCACUGGUAAUUAGGAUAUCGCAACCACCAUCAUCCGAAUCCAUCAACGACUACGACAGCGACAACGAAUCUAUCGAUUUCGCUCCUCCGUCGAUCCUCAGCCAGAACAGCAAUAACGAGGACUCCUCUCCCUGCUCAUCCUGCAUGUCCGAAGACGAGCAAGACUUUCAGUCCGCUCCCCAACUCAAACGGGUACCGACGCUGAAAAUGAAGAUACCAUCUAGAGGAUCUCUGCACCCUCUCUACGUCGCGCAAAACAAAUCCGGCAGGCGCUUUGAACUCAGAGAGGUCAUUGAAGAAAUGGACUCACAGAACACGACCGAAUUGGUGCCUCUCAACGGCUCAUGA